GUUGGGAUGAAUCGCGUUGGCAAUUUCAGUCUAGACUGUACCCUUCGAUGUGCAGAAAUCUCGCGAGACUCGCGUCUGAUAUAUACUAUACUCUAUGCUAGGAUUUUUUAUCACAGCUGGCUAACGACAGCGAAACAUAAUGACGGAUAGUGAUAAGAAACCGAUGUCACGUUUAUUGAAGCUCGCCAACAAAUUCAACUGCUUCUACCUGUCAGGUUUUCAUGCAGGUGAAUGCAGAGCCUUUGUUGUUGAUGGACAACAAAUUGGCCUUGUGCGUCCAGAUGUAAUGAAGGAAUUGUUGAAUUAUCCACAGGUAUUUCAAGUACAUCCUGAGUAUGUACAACUGAAUCCAGCAUUCAGAGAAUAUGCAGAGAGAAGUGCCAGAGUUGAGGAAGUUUUGAGGGAAUGGCGUGCAGGUGGAAAGUUCAUAGCAUUAAGAGGAUGGAGAGAAGAGUGCUAUGAAGUACGCGCAGAAUUCAAUACCCCACCACUGUUCAAAAUGGACCGGUCUGCUACAUGCUUGUUUGGAAUUCGCAAAUAUGGAGUUGACAUUAAUGGAUACGUUAUGGAUCCUGUGAAAGGUUUAUCAAUAUGGUUGCAGAAGCGUAGCCCAAACAAGCAGACUUGGCCUGGCUACUGGGAUAACAUGGUGAGUGGUGGGUUGAGCGUUGGCUAUGGAAUUAAUGAAACUGCUAUAAAAGAGGCUGGGGAAGAAGCCAGCAUUCCUAAUAAUCUUAUUGCAAAACUAAAGAGUGCCGGUUGUGUAUCUCUGUUUUUUGAAAGUGAAAGGGGUCUGUUCCCCAACACUGAGUUUGUAUACGACCUUGAACUACCACCAGACUUUGUACCAAGUAACAAUGAUGGAGAGGUAGAGACUUUUGAAUUGCUUCCAGUUAACGAAUGUUUAGAAAGGAUACUGUCUUCGCAUUUUAAAACCACUUCGGUGCCAGUCGCGCUUGACUUUUUAAUUAGACAUGGAUAUAUCACAGCGGAAAACGAGCCUAAUUUUAUAGAAAUCGUGGAAUUGCUUCAUAUACCUCUGCAAACCAUUUAUAAUCACCCACAAAAAAAGUGUAAAAUAGCCGCAAAUGGUGAAGCAAUCGAAUCAUUAGACAGAAUUUAAGUUUAAUUAGUCCUUAAUUUAAUUUCGCGUUUAAAAUUGAUCGAAUCGAGCGGAGUUGGAAUUUUUGUGAUUUCUUUGUAUUUAAUCAAUUUUUUGCAAACUUUAUAGUAAUGAAAAGAAAAAAGAAAAUGGUGCAAAUUUAUAUACGUAAGACUUAAAAAAUCAUUAGAAGACCACUAAAUAAUAGUUCAAAUAUUUCUAGAAUUGAUUUGAAGGAUUUUUAUGAAAUUCAAACUAACUGUUGUUUCCACAAUAUUGAAAAAGGAAAAAAAAAAAGAAGAUACGUUAUUUCAAUAUUUUUACUCAUAAAUAUAUUAUUAUUCCUUUUGUUAUAACUUGAGUAGUUUUUAUAUACAAUAACGAUGAAAGUAGCAGGUAAAGACGAUUUUUUGAUGACUUAUGCGAAAGACAUACAUAGGGAUGUAAACGUAGCCAUUAUUAACUCAGCGAGAGUUUCAUAGGGAAUGAAUUCUAAUUUAUUGGGGAUUUAUUGAUAUAUAACAACUUUGUAAAAUUGGCACAAUACAAAGAGAUAAUUUACGAAAUGAUUUUUAAGCAAAUUCAUUCAUCAUCGUUAUUUAGAAAAAAAGAAAAUCACGCUACAUCUUCCUCUGAUUUCUACCAAACCAUCGAACUGAAUUUUUGCACAAGAACGAACGAAGGAGUUUUCGCCGAUCGUACGAGUAAUAAUCUAGACGUGUGACAACUUUUGAUAUACAUCGAUGUCAAAUUAGAAGUAUUAUUCAUACAGCAUUCCAGAAGCAUAGAUUAAGUUUUCAGUUUCUAAGCAAGCAAGGAAGUGGGAAAACGAAAGAGUAACAAUAGCUUUUUCUAACGUUUGUAAUAGAAUUUUUGUACUAAAAAACAAACUUGUACACCUAACAACAACAAUGAGUGCGCAUAAAGUAAGAAUGCAGUAAUAUCCUAAUAUUCUGCGUAGGAUGUAAGAUGAAAUUCAUUCACAGUAUUAUGAAUGUGAAUGCACAGUAUACUAUUUGAUAUGUUUAGAGUAAAAAUGGAAAAAACGAAGAAAAAAAACAAAAAGAAAAACAUUUGUAGACGAAUUAUGUCGACGUAUGUGUUCGUAUACUAUCAACUAUGCUACCAACGAGAAAGAUCCAGCAUUUUCACUUGAACAGCGUUUAUUGGGAAGGGGAACAAAAGUGUUCGUAUAUUGUUUAUCGUAUGUAAUAUGUAGGUAGAUUUUUUAAUUCUCAACAAUGAUUGGUACCAAGGUUCUGAUCAAGUGAUAUUAUUAGAUUGUGAAGAAUAGUGAUUGUAUGAACGGCAAACGCAAUCCUAGAAGCAUCACUUUUUAUCUUUUGUCCGAAUGUUUUCAAUGUGAUAUUUAUUGCUCAUUAUACUUAUUUGGCGACAAUUAAUUUAUGUAUUUACCAUUUUGUUCAUUUGAUGCACAGAAUGUCUAGUGUUCUUGCUUUGAAAGUAUAUUAACUAUUAUCAAGUAUUUUUAUAAGUUAUUGUAUUUAAAUGAUGCUUUAUAUCGCUUGCAUUGCGUAUGCCCUUAAAUUAAGAGAUUUUUUAUACUGAAACUAGUUUCUACAAGAUGAAGAGUCAUUAGGUAUGUUAAAUUCAAUAUAUAAAUCGUUGUAGUUUCGAUAUUAUUAUAAUUGCGUUUAUGGAUAA